AUGUAUGACAGGAGCGAGAGAGUGCAUAUGUAUGCGUGUGAAUAUGUUUUAUGGAAAUGUGUUCUUUCUUUUUUCGUCAUCUUUUCUUUCUUUCUUUACUUGCUAUCCCUUACUCUUUCCUUCUUUCUUUCUUUACUUCUCAUCCAUUAUUCUUUCUUUCUUUUUUUGCGAUUAUUUUUUUACAUUUUUUUCUUUCCUUUUUUUCUCUUUCUUCUUUUUCGCUUCCAUUUUCCCCUUCGUUUUUCGUUUCCUUUUUCUUUCCUUUAUUCCUUAACUUUUUUUUCUUUGUUUUUUCUUCGAUUCCUUCUUUUUCUUUUUUCUUCCCAUUUUUCUUUUUCUUUCAAUAUUAUAACUGAUUCCCUAUUCAUUUUUCUGACUGAUUUUAUGUGCCUUCGUUUUAAUCGCGAUUAUGGCGAAAUUUUUUUCUUAUCCUCUCCUUGUCUGUCUGUUUGUCUAUCUGUCUACCUUCCCAACUCGCUCCUUCUCUUUGGUGUUCUGCACUUCCUUUUCAGCUUUUUUUCUUUUAUCCACCACACACGUUUUUUAACUUCUUUCUUUGUAAAAUCUUUCUUUCUUUGUAAAAUCUUUCUUUGUACACUCUUUCUUUCUUUCUUUCUUUCUUUAUUUAUUUAUUUGGGCAUCUGGUUUUCGAAAAGGUUUUCAUCGUCGCUGCCCGUCAACCGUAGAUGCAAGGUUCGUUAA